AAUUUAGGGUUUAAGGUCACAGUUCGCGCCACUUCCCUUUAGCUCACAGUUCGACGCCGAUUCUCCCUCGCGCCCCAUCACAUCUCCCUGCGACGCCGAUUCUCCCUCUCCUCUCGCUUUUCUCAUCCCAUCUACGAUUCUCCCUCUCGUCUCGGCUUCUCCUUCUCAGUGUCCGCCACCGUUGGCUUCUCAUUUAACCGUCUCUGCCGGCGUCCUCUCAGUCUACCUUUCGUUCAUUGUCGCCACCUCUCUUCGGUUCAGUGCCGCCGCCGCCUUCCCUCAUCCCUUCGUAUUCUCGAUUGUGUGCAAUUGAAUAAGAACAUUCCUAGUUGGUGUUCUAUCGAACUCUCCUUGCAAUCUUUACAGUUUCCAUGGGAGGGAAUAGGGCUCAAGUCAAUAAACCUCAUAAGUCACGCUUCUCUACCAAGGCAACUCGGCAGCAACACAAAACCUCUUUAAAAGAUAGAAGCAAAGUUACAAAGAACAAUGUUGCUAAGGGAGCUCGAGCUGCUCGUCUUCAGCGUAGUAAGAUGAUCCGAGAGCAGAAAAGAGCGGCUGUUUUACAGGACAAAAGAGCAUUAAGUGGAUCAAAGAGUCCUCCUAGAGUCAUAGUUCUUUUUAGGCUUUCUGCAUCUGUAGACCUGAAUCCCCUUGCUGAGGAUCUCUUGUCUCUAUUAGCUCCUGGAGCUUCGUCAUCUACAGUUGCUUCUUCGGAAUACAAGCUACGAGCAACAGUACUAAAAGCACCCUAUGGUGACUUGCAAUCUUGUAUGGAGAUGGCUAAGGUAGCUGACCUAAUUGCUUUCGUGGCCUCUGCAAGUUACUAUAUUGAAGGAAGUACAUCUCUCUACAUUGAUUCAUUUGGAAGUGAGUGCCUUUCUGUAUUAAGAUCUCUGGGCUUACCAAGUACUGCGGUGCUUAUUCGAGACCUACCCACAGAUAUAAAGAAAAAAAAUGAUUAUAAAAAAAUGUGUAUUUCUAGCAUUAGUUCUGAAUUUCCUGAGGAUUGUAAGUUUUAUCCUGCCGAUACUAAAGAUGAAUUGCACAAGUUUAUGUGGCUUUUUAAAGAGCAAAGGCUAACUGUUCCUCAUUGGAGAACCCAAAGGCCUUAUUUGAUGUCUCAGAAGGUUGAUAUGGUAGCUGAUAAUUGUACUCCCGGAAGAUGUACCCUUCUUCUCACUGGCUAUCUACGUGCUCGAAGUCUCUCUGUGAAUCAACUGGUUCAUGUUGCUGGAGCAGGAGAUUUCCAGCUUUCCAAAAUUGAAGUUCUCAAGGAUCCAGUUCCAUUGAAUCCAAGAACUGAACAAGAUGCCAUGGAUACUCAGGAUGAUGAGAUUAUUCGUUUGUUGGAACCAUCAGAGCAUGAGCCAUUGGUUGUUGAGAAUGAACCUGAUCCUCUGUCUGGUGAACAGACUUGGCCAACUGAAGCAGACAGAGCCGAGGCAGAUAGAAAUCAGAAAGAGAAGCAUUUGAGGAAGAGAGCACUUGCUCAUGGCACUUCUGAAUAUCAGGAAGCUUGGGAAAUAGGUGAUUCCGAGGAUGAGGAUUCUGAUGUUGACAAUGAAACUGAUGAUAUGAUGCUAGACAGUAGCUAUACAAAUGAAGUGAAUGACCUUAAUAAUCAAGGCAUCAGUGAUGAUGAUCAAGCAUCUUUGGAGUUUGAAAAUUCUGAUCAGGAGACAGAUAUGGAUUCUGUGAUGUUGGAUGGUGAAAUGACAAAUGAACAAAAAUUGGAUGAGAUUCAAAAGAUAAAAAAUGCUCAUGCUGAAGAUGAAGAGUUCCCAGAUGAAGUGGAUACACCUAUGGAUAUCCCUGCAAGAAAGCGGUUUGCAAAGUAUAGGGGUCUCAAGUCCUUUAGAACAUCCACGUGGGAUCCCCAGGAGAGUUUGCCUCAAGACUAUGCUAGAAUUUUUGAAUUCAAUAACAUCUCCAGAACACAAAAGCAUGUUCUUGCUAAAGCUUUAGAAAUAGAGCAAGGGAACUGCGAUCACUGUGUGGCAUCAGGCUCCUAUUUAAGACUUCAUGUGAAGGAAGUGCCAGUUGGUGCUGCUUCGAAAUUGUGUGAGUUAGCGAAGUCAAUGCCAAUCACAGCUUGUGGACUCCUGCAGCAUGAAUCCAAGAUGUCUGUCCUCCAUUUCAGCAUCAAGAAGCAUGAUGUCUCCGAGGAGAUAUCCGAUAAAGUUGGGACUACUGAGAACGCCAAGAUGCCUGAUAAGAAAUCUCCUUCCCUCAAGGGAAAAGAAAAAUUGGUGUUUCAUGUUGGUUUCCGUCAAUUUGUUACAAGGCCUAUAUUUUCAACCGACAACUUCAAUUCCGACAAGCACAAGAUGGAGAGAUUUCUUCAUGGUGGAAGAUUUUCUAUAGCUUCAAUUUACGCUCCUAUAUCGUUUGCUCCCCUUCCUUUGAUAGUUCUUAGGAGUGUUGAAGGAAAUGCUUCCUUUGCUGCUUCUGGUUCAUUAAAGAGCAUCGACCCCAGACGGAUAAUUUUGAAGAAGAUUAUUUUAUCUGGUUAUCCUCAACGAGUAUCAAAACUAAAAGCUACUGUGAGAUACAUGUUUCAUAAUCCUGAUGACGUGAGAUGGUUUAAGCCCGUCGAUGUGUGGACAAAGUGUGGGAGACGCGGUCGCAUCAAGGAACCUGUCGGAACACACGGAGCAAUGAAGUGUGUUUUCAAUGGAGUUCUACAGCAACAUGACACGGUUUGCAUGAGCUUAUACAAACGUGUUUAUCCCAAAUGGCCCGAACAUCUCUUCCCUCUCCUUGAUGCUUGAUAUUGCUGGCUGUGACCCAGAUUGAAGUUUUGUUAGUUUCUUUCUAGUUCAUUCUUCAUUUUUGACCUCAUCAUGUAUUAUAUAAUAUUCUACAGCAAUGAACAUUCAUCUUCUAAUUAUUUUAUACACAUCUUUGCAAUGUAUUUUUUAAUCUUAAUGUAAAGGUUUUCUUUUUCUUGGGA